AUGUCUUCAAAAAUGACGGAAUACCCCCAACCGCUGGUUGUGCCUCCUAGGCAGCUUCCGCACAAGCAGACCUUCAUCAUUCUGCACGACCGCGGGUGGUGGGCCGACAAGUUCGGGCCCGCGCUGCCCGAGACGGCCGUCCCGACGCCGUCGCCGUCGCCUCGAACACUCGCACCCAUCUUCCCGCACGCCAAUGGUUCGACCGACAACUGGAAGCUCGACCCGCCCGCCGCCGCCGAGCGCGAAGGACCUCUAGGUGCCGGGCCUACGCAACACCACCGCCUACCUACACUCCCUGAUCCGGGCCGGAGGGGGUGCGCCGCGUCGCUCGUGUCGCUGCUGCUGUGGGAAGGGCCCCGCGCUGGGUGCGGUGGUCGGCAUGUGCGGGUGGCUGUCGUUCUGCGCGCGCGCAUGCGGGAGCAGCUCGACGGCGGCGGGGAGGCGGCAGAAGGAGAGGACGAUUUGUCCCAGCGCGAGGACGAGGACGAGGAGAAGGAGCCCGCUCGUGUGGCUGUGGACUGGCUAAGGGAAGAGCUUGGCCUCCCCUCGGUGGGGAUCGGAGGGGAUGGCUGGUGUUCUGAAAGGUGCCUGCGUUUCUGGGCCAUGGCGUCGAGGACGACAGGGCGCACGUGCCCCUGGGCAGGGAUGCGGCUGGAGCGCUAG